GUCAUCCACGGGCAACUGGACAAGGCAGCUUCCUUCUCUCGGCCUGACAGGCCUGCGCCGAGAAGGCCGGGCAGAGGCGGGUCCCACGGCUCCCUGCACCUGGACUGCGCUAGGGCGCUAGCUGCCAUCUACGUGCUUGGCACCAGGUUAGGCUCGCUGCUCACAGGUCGAGCGCGACGCGCAGCCAGAAGCCCCACCCUGCGCCCCUGGACGCCAGGCCUGCCACCUCGGCCCAGCACAUCUCGAUUUGCACCAGCCACAUUUCAAGGGCUCGCUAGCAACAUGUGGCCAGUGGUGACCAUACUGGACGGCACAGCGACGCCACCAAGGGGCGGGGAAUGGCGCGCGGCUCCGAGGCCUCAUUUUGAUUGGUGGGUGGCCAAGCACCUUUCGGCUCGUCCCUGUCUGGCCCGCGCUCCGCCCCCUCGGUGUGUUCCGCAAGCUGAUUGGCCAGCCUCAUGGCGAGAGCGGCUAGUGCUUACUCAAGACCAGCCUCGCGGGGCGGGGUCGAAGGUGGAGAUUUUGGACGCGAAGACGCGGGAGAAGCUCUGCUUCCUGGACAAGGUGGAGCCCCAUGCCACCAUUGCCGAGAUCAAGAACCUUUUCACCAAGACCCAUCCGCAGUGGUACCCUGCCCGCCAGUCUCUCCGCCUGGACCCCAAGGGCAAGUCCCUGAAGGAUGAGGAUGUUCUGCAGAAGCUGCCCGUGGGCACCACGGCCACACUCUAUUUCCGGGACCUGGGGGCCCAGAUCAGCUGGGUGACGGUCUUCCUGACCGAGUACGCAGGGCCCCUCUUCAUCUACCUGCUCUUUUAUUUCCGGGUGCCCUUCAUCUACGGCCACAAAUACGACUUCACGUCCAGCCGGCACACAGUGGUGCACCUCGCCUGCAUCUGCCACUCAUUCCACUACGUCAAGCGUCUGCUGGAGACGCUCUUCGUGCACCGCUUCUCCCACGGCACCAUGCCCUUGCGCAACAUCUUCAAGAACUGUACCUACUACUGGGGCUUCGCCGCCUGGAUGGCCUAUUACAUCAACCACCCUCUCUACACGCCCCCCACCUACGGAGCUCAGCAGGUUAAACUGGCACUCGCCAUCUUCGUGAUCUGCCAGCUUGGCAACUUCUCCAUCCACAUGGCCCUGCGGGACCUGCGGCCUGCUGGGUCCAAGACCAGGAAGAUCCCGUACCCCACCAAGAACCCCUUCACCUGGCUCUUCCUGCUGGUGUCCUGCCCCAACUAUACGUAUGAGGUGGGGUCCUGGAUUGGCUUUGCCAUCAUGACACAGUGUCUCCCAGUGGCCCUCUUCUCCUUGGUGGGCUUCACUCAGAUGACCAUCUGGGCCAAGGGCAAGCACCGAAGCUACCUGAAGGAGUUCCGAGACUACCCGCCCCUGCGCAUGCCCAUCAUCCCCUUCCUGCUCUGAGCCGCUGCCCGCCUCCCAGGCUCUGCCCAGCCAGGCGCUCAUCCCGCUGCCCCAGCGUCCUUCUGGGGGAGGAGCGGGGACUACCACUCUCCAGCACUUGGAAUAAAACCUGCCUGUCCCUGCCAAA